GGACGCGUCUUUGAGCUCUCGUUCGUCCUCCUGAUCCUGAUCCUGAUCCCUUUUCCCUCGUCCUCGCUCACCCUCCUCCCCGGGCGAGGGACGCGCCUCUGACGCCCGCCGUGGGUCUCGCAGCCGCUUCGGCCCUCACAUGUCCGUACACUACCGCUAGGCCGGCCGGCCCAGGCACCCGACGAUUCGAGCUCUUCUCGAGCCGCCGGAGGCGGUUUGGGUUUUCGGGGGCAGCUCCGGUCUGGGGCCAGUGCGCGCGCAGGCGCGCGCGGGCCGAAGGGGCUGCGCCACGAUGGCGCGGGGGCGCGCGCGGCUGCUCGCCGCGCUGCCGUGCGCGGGCGCCCUGGUCGCCCGGGGGCCCCCGCGUGGCGCCGAUGACCGCCCGCCGCUGGCGAAGGACUGCACGCCCGCGGACGAGGACAUGCACAUCGUCUUCUCGACGGGGUGCAACGCCUUCCAGAACUGGCAGGCGGAGGUGCUGCUCAACUCGGCGUGGCACCAGGGCCAGUGUGGAAACAUGACUCGUAUCGUGGUGGGCUGCGACAAGAAGGUUGAAGAAGUGUUCCGCACGCACCAGGGCGGCGCCGCCGACGAGCUCAUCGGGGAGCAUGACCUGUGGAAAUCCACCUUCCCAGGCCUCAAGGUCCACGUCGCGCCCGCGAUUCCUGAGGCCGCGGAAUUUCCCUGGUACAACAAGCCGUGGUCGUUCAAGCACUGGCUGGACAGCAAGCCCGACGAAAUCACCGAGCGCGCGAUAGUGAUCUUGGACCCCGACGAGUUCUUCCUCCAGCCGCUGACCCAGCGCGCCAGCCACGCCGCCAACGACCCCUUCGAGAUCAUCGACGGGUACCCCGAGCGGCUGAAGCACCUGGUGACCGACGUUGCGCAGCCCGGCCUGGCCGUGGUGCAGAAGUACGGUUUCGGCGCGGCGUGGCUGUACAAAUUCGACCAGCACACGAUCUGCCCCGGCGGCGCGGACAGCCCAUGCGCCAACGUGACGCGCGAGGCACGGUGGCGGACUACCCAGCGGGGCCGCCGUACAUCUUGCACAACACGGACUUCAAAAAGAUCAUGCCGACGUGGUGGGAUCUGAUGCAUCCUGUGUACGCGCAGGACCGCGGCGACAUACAGGCCGACAUGUACGCGUACGUGUACGCCGCCGUCCACCACGGCGUCAGGC